CAACUGUCCUCUAUACCAUUUCUAGUAUAAGACACCCCUCUUUUGCAUGCAUGCCAUCCAACCCAUCAAGUAACCUUAGUGUGUGAGUGAAUUUGUGAGUGAGUGAGAGAGAGAUGGGAAAAUGGAGUACCCUGGUUGUGUUGCUUGUACUAGCCACUGUGCAUGCAAGUGCACGUGAGGUUCCUGGGGAUGGUGACCAUGGAGAACAAACGCUGGGUGUGCAUGCAAAUGCACCACAUAAAGAGUUGUCAUUAAGCAAAGGUGUGGGUGACAAAAAGAACUUUUUGUAUGGUGGGGCUGGUGGUUUUGCUGCGAUGGGUGGUUUUGCUGGUGUUGGGGGUAUAGGGAAGUUUGGUGGAGUCGGUGGUGGGAUUGGUGGAGGGAUUGGAAAGUUUGGGGGUAUUGGUGGUGGGGUUGGUGGAGGGAUUGGAAAGUUUGGGGGUAUUGGUGGUGGUGCUGGAGUUGGUGGUUUCCAUGGUAUUGGUGGUGGAGUUGGUGGUUUCCAUGGUAUUGGUGGUGGAGUUGGUGGAUUUCAUGGCAUUGGGGGUGGAGUUGGAGGUGGUGGCGGUGGUGGUGGCGGCUUAGGUGGUGCUGGUGGUGGUUUAGGUGGUGCUGGUGGUGGAGUUGGAGGUUUAGGUGGUGUUGGUGGUGUUGGAGGUUUGGGUGGAGGUGGGGGAGGUUUAGGUGGUGCUGGAGGCUUGGGUGGUGUUGGAGGUGUAGGUGGUGUGGGAGGUGUAGCUGGUUUGGGUGGUGGUGGUGGUGGUGGUGGUGGCGGUGGUGGUUUGGGUGGUGGUGGUGGUGGAUUAGGUGGAGCUGGGGGUGGUGUUGUGGGGGCUUUGGGUUGUGGUGCUGGUGUUGGUGUCAUUCACCCUUGUAAUGAUCCUUGAUAUCAUUGUGAUCUGGUUCUUUAUUGCAUGGAUGUUCUUGCGAAUCUAGGGCUGCCAAUAUUGUUUUAAGUUUGAUAAUCUUGGUAUUAUGUUUUGCAUGUAAUGUUAUUUUCAGCUUCUUGUCGUUAAUAUUUUCUGCAUAAUUUAGGUUGAGGUUUUUGGUUAAUAAAGGCUGCAUGCAUGGAUGAUUCAUGUCACUGGCGUUAUUGUUAAUUCCGUAUUCUUGUAGUUCUACCAUUUGAAGAUUCAAUGUUAUUAUUUGAAGUUGUGUUUCUUUCUUUCUAA